ACCUUUGAGAAUGGGGUACUCAAGCAAGACUGCCCUGUUCCUAUGCCUGGUCGGGUUAACCCUAGCUCAUGUUUCUCUAGCUCAAAACACUGUCCGAGACUUUGUGAAUGCACACAAUGCAGCUCGUGCCGAAGUCGGUGUCGGUCCAAUUUCUUGGAACAAGACCCUUGCAGUCUAUGCUCGAAAUUAUGGUCACACGAGGAGGGACUGCGUGUUGGAGCAUUCAAACGGGCCGUAUUCGGAGAACAUUGCCUCAGGCUGGAGUGGCUUUACAGCAUUAGAGGCUGUGAAGAUGUGGGUAGAUGAGAAGCAAUUCUAUGACUAUGGGAGCAACAAGUGUGUGAAGGAUGAGUGCAGGCAUUACACUCAGAUUAUCUGGCGGGACACGACGAGUUUGGGUUGUGCCAGGAUAAGGUGUCAUAGUGGCGGUGUAUUUGUGACCUGUAACUAUUCUCCACCGGGAAAUAAUGACGGCGAACGCCCUUAUUAG